UUGUAGUUGUUAUACAUGGCGUAUGUGCGUACUGUCCUCCUUCACCUCCCUGUCUCGUUCUCGCCCGCGGCCUCGCGCCCCCCCCCCCGACCCCAGGACCUCACGCGCUCACGCGGGCGCAGCAGCCACGAUCUGCUCGAGAGGUUCGACGAGAAGCAGAGGAGCGACGCAGUCGCAGACGGCAAGGACUACUGCAAGUCAAGCGGGCAGCACACCGUGCGCGUCGGGGGCGUCCCCUUCAUCGCAGGCGUGAAGCGCAAGGAGCUCGAGCAGCAGCGCGAGGAGGAGCCCGACUGGCGGCAGGCGGCGAUGCGCGAGGAGCAGAGAGCGCAGGA